AUGGACGUAGUAACAGCUUACCUGAAUGGAACACUAGAAGAAGAAGUUUUUAUGGAAAUUCCAGAUCAGCGGAGCGAUGUUCUAAAGAGAGUACUCGCUAAAAGGAAGAUUGGUUCGCAGAAGGCAAUAAUAACAGAAGUGAACAUACUUCAGACAGCUAAACGCUGGAACAAGGGUCUUGAUGAAUGUGUGGAUAGUGUGUGUCUAUUAAAAAAGUCAUUGUAUGGCUUACGCCAAUCAGGAUUACAGUGGUAUAAAAGGUUAUCCAAGCUGUUGAUUGAUAUUGGUUUUGAAGCAUUGCUACAAGAUCCUUGUGUGUUUGUUGCGCUAAAAGGUGAGCGAAUGAUGUUAAUAGGCAUAUAUGUAUGUUGA